UAUAAUGCUACUUCUUUUACCGUCUAAUACUUCACACUAUAAACUACCUUCGCCUUUAAUUUCUCCUUCAAGAACUCCAUUGUCUAUUUUUUCACAAUGCUUUUUGGUUGUCACUCGUGUCCUGGGAUUGGUAUUUUAUUUUUCACAAUGUAUUAGGAUAUAAGGAGAACGGAAAGUUAGUUAACAUAGUUGGACUAUUAAUAAUAGUUAGUUAGUUAGAGGGGUUUAUUAGAUAUAAAUAGGGGAAGAAGGAUAGUGGAGAUUCAGAUUUGGGCCAUUUGUAAUUGAGCAUUAACUCUUCGUGAAAGGAGAAAUCCUUUGUGAAGGGCAAACCCUUGGAUGAGAGUUUUCUCUCCUAUGUUUUGUUCUUUUCUUACUAUUCUAUAAAAUAUAUCUUCUUUCCCAUUCUGAUUCUUGGCUCCUAACAAUUGGUCUGUCCUGCUGGAUUCGAGUUGCGCGAUGGAGAACAGAGUGAGCGCUUUGGAGAAAUUGGCCAGCAAGCAUGGAAAGGUGAUUACAAAUCUGAAAACAGACAUGGAUCUCAUAAAAGAAAGAUUGCUGGACAUGAGGCAAAUCAAGGAAUUACUUCUUGUAUACAAGAAAGGAAAGACGCCUACAGAUGGUGGGGAAAACUUGGUCAACAGAGACAAGAAGCCAAAAGAGGAGAACAGUGACAGUAACAGGUCUAGUGAGGAUAGUGAGGAAGAGGAACCCAAUUCUUGUGGGUUGCACCAUCAUGCAAAGAGUUGAACUAGUUUACUUAUCCUAUCAUAAUAUUUGUGACGCUGAGGAGAGGAUGAGAGAGGAGAGAGAGAGAGUGAGAGUGAGAGAGGAGAAAGAGACAGAGAGAGAUGGGGGAGAGUGGACCACCGUGAGCAGGGGGAGAGGGAGACAGCGAGCACGAGUGAGAGUAGGAGAGGAUCCCAAAACGAACUACACGCACAGGUGGACAGGACAACUACACAGGCAUCAACACUCAAAUUGGAGAAGAAGAAUGAUAUCACCACGUACUACUUCACGCGAUUCCCCGACCAUACAAUGGCGAAGGAUCUGUGGACACACUUCAAGAAAUGGGGGGACGUAAGGGAGAUCUUUAUCCCUAAUCACAAGAAUCAAGGAGGGAGAAGGUACGACUUUGCUAGGUUUAAGGGAGUACCUGAUGAACACGAACUCGAAAGAAAGCUUGUCAAGCUCGUCAUAGAUGGCCUAAAAUUGUACGUCAACCUCCCAAAGUAUGGGAGACGAAACAUGGGGAUUGAAGACCACAGAGCCAACAUGAGGACCAGACCAGAAGGACAUAGCAAUGAAGCGAGAAUUGAAUGCCGCAAGCCAACACAGGUUAGACUCCCACACAGGACAUAUGCCGAGGUCACAACAACCAACACGACGAACGCUGGACAGAGAAAGCAACCCAGACCUGCACAAAUCGGACAAACCCACUCACAAUCGUCGAUCCAACUUCAGGUAGAUUGGGAGAAGAAGAAAUGGCUUAAAGAAGCUUGGGUUGGUAGGCUAAAGAAACUAAGUGCUUUCGAUAGCAUUGAAGAAGACAUACCAUGGGAAUUAGGUGUGAACGUGGUGUCGAAAUAUAUCGGCGACGAUAUGGUCCUUCUUCUCGGUCUCUCGGAUAGUAAGGCAGAGGCGAUGAUAAACAGUGAAGCCCAGUCACUGUUCCACUCCAUACAAAAGUGGAACCCGAACAUGAGGCCGGGCUACAAGCUGGUGUGGGCGCAGUGCUGGGGAGUUCCACUACAAGUAUGGGAUAUCGACAACAUUCGAAGGAUUGUGGCUGCAGUAGGAGAGCUCGUUGAAGUUGAUGACGAAGUCGAAGAGCUGAGGAGGUUGGACAGGGCGAGAGUCCUCCUUAGAACUCAAUGGAAACCGCUGAUCCAUCAUACGGUGGACGCGACGAUCAACGGUGAGGCUUAUCAGAUAGUUAUCGUGGAAGAAGGGGAGGCUUACGGUGGAAUGCGUAACCAGUGGGCACGCAAACACACAUACACGUCGGAGGACAUCGACUCCGAUGACAUCAACGACGACUCCGUGCAUGCGGGAAUGUCGGCAAACCACGAUUUCCUGCACCCACGGAACGGGAUCAACGGCGAGGGAUGGCCUGACGACGCCCACAACCACUGUGGGUCUUUACCUGCAGGACCGACACCGGUAGAGUGCCCACUGGGUAUUGACCAACGGACAAUGGCACCACUCCUGAGAAUUCAAAUUGCAAAGCGGCCUGAAGAGUUCCAACAACCAUCUGCAGGAUAUGCCUCUACAGAUGUUGACCCAGAGAUUACAGUGGCAGAAGCUAGCAUGCGUGACUCACAGAAGAAGAAACUAAACAGGAGUAGGGGGCUUUUGUCAGGGGCAGAGAGCAUAGAAGAAGAAAUGUUUGGUGAGCCAGACCAAGGUCAAAAGGAAGAUGACAUCGUAUUUUUUAGUGGACCCAAAAAUGAACCAAAAAUGCCACGUAAUAUCCCAAUAAAUAUGAAAAAGUCAGUGUGUGAAGCGGGCCCAUCCAAACAACCCCCGGUCAGCCCAAAUCAGCAAAGGAACUUUAGAGGGUCCCCACCGUUACUAAAAAAUGCAUAUGAACAACAAGCUACUCCAUCUGGGCUUCCAACUGAAAUGGGCCUUACUAAGGACACCAGCGCCAGCAGCAACCCACAAACAAACAGUAAGUCCUGCCAAAAAACAAGUGUGGUUAGUGAAUGGAAGGUGUUUGUUAGGAAGAAGGGAAGCUGCCACAAGCAGGCCCAACACAGGGGCGAGCAAUGCACACAGCGUGAGGUACCAUUAUCGGUCGACACCUUACCUCCAGCAGCUAUUGGAAGUCCAGAAGCCAAUGGAACUAUGAAGAAUCCAGAAGAAGAAGACAUCCAAGAGGCAGAGUCACAAUGGGAAUUAGCAAAAAGCAUGGGAGUGCAUACUGAAUUAGACCAGGCAGCAAUCAUCAACAGGAUAACUGAAAUGGAGAAUAGAGAUAAGCAGGAGGCUGCUGAGAUGGGAAAAAGACAAAGUGCACCAUGAAUAUUGUAUCCUACAAUGUCAGAGGUCUUGGGAGAGGGGUUAAAUGGGCUGCAAUUAGGAGGAUGGUAAGGAAACACAAAGUUGACAUGAUAUGCAUCCAAGAAUCCAAGAGGGAGUUAAUUGAUAAGGCUACGUGCCAGGCCUUAUGAGGGGACGCAGAUAUCGGAUGGGAAUUCCAGCCAGCAAUAAAUACAGCUAGUGGCCUAGUGUGUGUUUGGAAUGAGUAGGCAUUCAGAUUGGAAAGAAAGGAGAUGGGUAGAGGAUUUAUUUUAUUGGAUGGAGUGUGGACCCAGGAAAAUCAGAGAACAUGUGUAGUGAACGUUUACUCUCCAUGUGAUAGUCAACAAAAGCGGAUACUAUGGGAUUCACUCAAGCAGCUUAAACAACAAGAUCCCGAAGGGUACCUUCAAGAGUAAUAGCUAAAUUGGAAGCAAUUCAGAGGCAAUUUCUAUGGGGAGGAGGUGUGGAUUAGAGGAAGAUCGCUUGGUUAAUUGGAAGACAGUCUGCCAACCAAAGGAUAAAGGGGGUCUUGGCAUUAAAGAUCUUAGGACUUUCAAUUCAGCUUUGAUGGGAAAAUGGCGUUGGGAUCUAUUUCACAAGCAAGAGGAGCACUGGGCAAAAAUACUAGUGUCAAAGUAUGGUGGCUGGAGGGCAUUGGACGAAGGCACGAGAGGAAGUCAGCAAUCAACUUGGUGGAAGGAUCUGAUAUCAAAUCAGCAGCAACAGCAGAAUCAAUUAAUUAAAAGGGAAACAAAAUGGAAGGUGGGGGGUGGGGAGAAGUUUAGAUUUUGGGAAGACCCUUGGACAGAAAAUGCUAUACCAUUAAGGGAGAAAUACCCAAGGCUGUACCAGAUUUCAUGCCAACAAAAGGAAAGCAUCAUGAAUAUGGGGAAUAAUACCAGCAGUGGAUGGGAAUGGAAGCUAGCUUGGAGGAGGCCCCUCUUUGACUGCGAAAUACAAAUGGCGGACAACUUUCUUGAGGAAUUAUCACAGCAACAGAUACAGCCCCACAGGGAGGAUAAAUGGAUUUGGAAAUGUGGCCAAUGUGGAUACUACACAACAAAAAGCAGAUAUGACCUGAUUUGGGGAGAACAAAUGGGAGCAAAUCAGAAUCCAGAUUUUGUGGACCUAUGGAAGCUCAAAAUCCCUGCCAAAUCACUGGUGUUUGCAUGGAGAUUAAUUAGGGAUAGACUCCCGACAAAGAUGAAUCUUAGCAGGCGCCAAGUGAUGGUUAACGAUUUGAUGUGCCCAUUUUGUGGAGGUGUAGUGGAGGAGGCUGCCCAUUUAUUCUUCAACUGCGCCAAAAUCCUGCCUCUAUGGUGGGAGUCUCUAUCUUGAGCCAAUCUAGUAACAGCACUACCACAGAAUCCAAGGGAUCACUACUUAAAGCAUGUACUCGGGUUUGCGGAAGGAAAGAAACAUACAAGUUGGCGAUGCUGGUGGAUAGCUAUGACAUCGACAAUUUGGAAGCAUAGAAAUAGAAUAGUAUUUCAUAAUGACACGUUCGAUGGAAGCAAAUUGAUUGAAGAUGCAGUCCUACUACUGUGGACGUGGAUUAAAGCCAUGGAGAAGGACUUCGCAAUUCACUUUAAUCAAUGGUCCUCUAACAUCAAGGAAGCGUUUAGUAACUAGGUGGGAGGGGAGGGGCUUUGAAAUCAUGUAACUACUAUAGUAGGGCUCCUAUAACAUUAAUAUUUUGACUAAAUGUAGUUCUGCCCAUGCCUGGGGUAGCUCGGUUGUGGUUCCAAUCCAGACUCCAUUUUAGUCUGCUGUGGAACCAUUGCAUUGGGCAAUCCAGCAUAUGUAAUUUAGUACCUCUGGUACUCUUUUAAUAUAUACUAUCUAUUUUUGCUGAGCAAAAAAAAAAAAUUCUUGCAAAAUCAGCAUUUCAGAGUUGAAGCGUGGACGACUAAAAAGUUCAGAAAAUGUUCUUGAGGUUAAAAGGGAAGAAAGCAUGGAGAAGGAGCAGCCCUCUAAAAUCAAGAUCAUGAAAACCAUUGAGGGAAUUAAAGAUAUCAAGCAGAUGCUACAAUUGCUGAUCAAGAAAAAUGGCAUCCGUCUUGAGUUCGAAAAAGAGGAAAAACAACCCAUGCAGACAGUAUCGACUUUGCAGUUGGGUAUGUGGGUAACAAAGUCACAGCAAGACUGUGGUUCAAUAAAAGCCCUUGAGGGUUCUACCAAUGAGAGAAUUGAACCCACUAGUGGGGAGGAGCUUAGUGUCGAAUACAAAGACUUGAAAACCAUUGAGGCCGAGGUGGUAGAGGAGAUCAGGGUGGAAGAGGAUGAGAAUUUGCAGCAGAAAAUGCUGCAACUAGAAGGGGAUUUCACAAUUAUCAUCAAAGAAUCUCAUUCUUGUGUAGUAAAUGUCAUAAAAGUUGAGGGUGAUAAUGGUUUCUUUAUGAAACCCACAGCCAUGAAAAUUGGGAUUAUAUGGAGAUGGAUUGUGCCUACACCACCACUAGACCCGCCGGAUGCAAGCUCACAUACGACCCGUAAUGGGUUGUCAACAGCAGAGCUACAACUUCUCAAGGAGAGGGAUGGGUCUUCUUUGUUGACAAAGCUAAGGAAUUUUGGCAUGUCAGCCAAACCGCAAGACACCAACCCACUUGCAACAACUAGUAAAUCAUCGUUUGAGAUGCUAAUGGCAAUAGAGUCACUACUGGGAAACUGGAACUACUUUACAGAAGUUCGCAAUGAGAAGAGAAACCCAAAGCUAGAAUCUACUCAUUUGGAAAAUGCCAAAGAACUUUAUACCAGAGUUCUGAUCCAGCAUUCUUCUAAUUUCUAUGUUACCAAUGGUGCUGGGGUAGUCUUAGCGGAAAAGGGCCAUUUUGAUGUGUCAAAGGAUAUCUUUACACAGGUUCAAGAAGCUUCCAAUGGUAGUGUUUUUGUCCAAAUUUCUGAUGUGUGGAGAAAUCUGGUGCAUAUAUAUUUUGCUAAGGGGAAUUUUACUUUGGCUGUGAAAAUGUAUAAUAAUUGUUUGCGGAAGUUUUAUUAUAAUACAGACUCAAACAUUUCUAUAUUUAGCUUGUACAUAUUAAGAGGCUGACCAGUGGCAACACUGUAUAAGAACUCUACUGAGAGCCAUCCAUUUGGCACCCUCGAACUAUACUUUAAGGUUUGAUGCAGGGGUUGCAAUGCAAAAGUUUUCAGCAUCAACACUACAAAAGGCAAAGAGGACUGCACACUAGUUACUUUCGGCUGCUAAAGUUCAUCUUGAAGCAGCUAGCAUGAAGAGCAGCAAGUACCACAGAGACAAGAACUUGCUCGCCAGGUUGCAUUGGCUGAGGAAGCCCUGCGAAAGGCUGAAGAGCAAAGGAAACUUCAGAUGGAAAGGAGAAAACUUGAGGAAGUGUGUCAUUUCAGUUUUUAAAUUCCAACCUUGAGGACAAGGUUGAUUUUUAGGAGGGGUGCAUUAUUAGGAUAUAAGGAGAAGGGGAAGUUAGUUAACAUAGUUAGACUAUUAAUAUGUUAGUUAGAGGGGUUUAUUAGAUAUAGAUAGGGGAAGAAGGAUAGUGGAGAUUCAGAUUUAGAUCAUUUGUAAUUGAGCAUUAGCUCUUUGUGAAAGGAAAAAUCCUUUGUGAAGGGGAAACCCUUGGAGGAGAGUUUUCUCUCCUAUUUUUUGUUCUUUUCUUACUAUUCAAUAAAAUCUCUCUUUUCUUUCCCAUUC